UUGAGCAGCGACGAGCAAUGUGUGUAGGAAUGUGUCUCCAAUAUCAACAAAUUGUGUAGCUGGAGAGAGAGAGGCAGUUUCAAUCCAGAUUAACCAACUCGACGACGACGGGAAUCUACGGCGCGCAUUAAAGCUAAAAUGUCGGUAUUUUUCGAAAGAUUCACGCUGUUCUGCGUGAUUGCGGUCAUUACGGCACUGUCGCUGAUCAUCGUGACUUCCGUGCAGCUAGCUCACGAGCCGGAAAUCGUGAUUAAUCGUGAAAAUGGCAACCUGCUGGACAGUUUGAAGAGUGUUCGAUACGCCGAGGGGAAGCCAGCCGUGCUCGGCGUCAGUGGUGAAAAGUGCCCCCCAUCCGAUCGCGCAAGACUGCUCAUCGUAGUAAAGUCUCCAAAGCGCAACCGCAAAGUGCGCCAGAUGAUUCGCCGCACGUGGGCUCACCCCAGCAAUUUGGGCGUGCAAGUCAAGUUUGCAUUAACGAGGUCACCUGAAGAGCAGGCAAGCUUCAUACGACGUCACCUCAAACACUUCAGCAGACGCUGCGUUCCGGCUGACUAUCUGCUAAUUACCAGCGAUCUCUUCUUUAUCAACACACCGCAAAUUACCGCUGCCAUAAAUCAACAACUGCCCCGAAGCAACACGAUAAUAUGCGCCAAAGCGGAUCUGCGCCACCACCAAAUUGAGCCGAAAUUUCUCACCGAAUGCGAUCCGGAGGCGCCGGUACUGAUGUCGCGGGACGUCGUCGCGGCAGCACCAGCAUCGGAAGCCAUCAUCAAACCGUACUUUGGUGCCCGUCUCUACCUCAGCCCGGUCGAAACGGGCAAAAUCCUCAACGGCACGAUAGACGGGACCGAUUUGCUGUUUUUCUUUUCUGCACAAGUGGCCGACGGCGCGCGGAGUAUCAACAGGCUUUGGAUGGUGACGCGGGAUUAUCGGGCGAUAGAGGCGUAGAGAGCCUCGUAGUGGUUGGUUGUGGCCAAGUGGGUUUAGAGUUAUCGAAUAAAAGUAAUGUGAUUUUCUAAGUGCUAAGCAAA